GUAAUCUAUUGGUCGCCGCAACGACUGAUCCCGCUAAGCUGUGGGGAAAAAGUUCAGCGCGCCUUCUCUCUCUCUCUCUCUCCUCGCCGCCGGCGAUGAAUUCUCCACUUCGCGUCGUCAGUCCGCUCCUCGUGCUCCACCUGAAACCUGUCCUCACUUCACUCCCUCAGCUUUCUCCCUCGGUUCUUUCGCCUCGAAGGCUCUUCGCGCCAAUCAACCCUAGAGCUCUCCUGUGUACCGCAGCGGCGCGUGACCAUGGCGGGAGGUCCGGCGCCCUGACUGGACCGCCUGUGCUGGAGGAGGAAGAAUUGGUGACGAAAAUCGACGUCAAUCCUCCUAAAGGAACUAGAGAUUUCCCUCCCGAGGAAAUGCGCCUCCGCAACUGGCUCUUCCACAACUUCAAAGAGGUUUCGCGGUUGUAUGGAUUCGAAGAGGUUGAUUUCCCUGUGUUGGAGUCUGAGGCUUUGUUCAUUAGGAAAGCUGGAGAGGAAAUUAGGGACCAGUUAUACUGUUUUGAAGAUCGUGGGAAUCGCCGUGUUGCUUUGAGGCCUGAGCUAACUCCUUCACUGGCAAGACUGGUCAUUCAGAAAGGGUACAGAUGCCAGAAUUGAUCUCCAUGUUUUUUUUGGUCCAGAAAAUCUGCACCUUUGCCAUUAAAGUGGUUUGCUGUUGGACAGUGUUGGCGGUAUGAGAGGAUGACAAGAGGAAGACGACGUGAGCACUACCAGUGGAAUAUGGAUAUUAUUGGUGUACCUGAAGUUACUGCUGAAGCAGAGCUUAUUUCUUCUAUUGUCACAUUUUUCAAACGAAUUGGAAUCACAGCUUCUGAUGUUGGAUUCAAGGUUUCUAGCAGAAAGGUUUUGCAGGAAUUGUUGAGGCGUUACUCUCUACCGGAGAAUGCGUUCGGCAAGGUCUGCGUGAUAAUAGACAAGAUUGAGAAGAUGCCAAUAGAAGAAAUUAAGAAAGACUUGACAUCUGUUGGUUUGUCAGAAGAUGUCAUCAAGGAGCUGCUGCAGGUUCUUUCCAUAAAGUCCUUGGCAGAGUUGGAAGAUAUACUUGGUUCAGGGGAAGCGAUUGCCGAUCUGAAACAUCUCUUCUCUCUGGCUGAGAAGUUUGGUUACUCUGAUUGGAUUAAAUUUGAUGCAUCAGUAGUUCGUGGUCUUGCCUAUUAUACCGGUAUAGUUUUCGAGGGUUUCGACAGAGCAGGAAAGUUGAGAGCCAUUUGUGGUGGCGGGAGAUACGAUCGGUUACUCUCGACCUUCGGCGGAGACGAUCUUCCAGCCUGUGGCUUUGGAUUUGGGGAUGCUGUCAUUGUCGAAUUCCUAAAAGAGAAACAUCUCUUACCAGAACUAAGCCUCCAAGUAGACAACAUAGUGUGCGCUCUUGAUCCAGACCUUCGAGGAGCAGCUGCAACCGUUGCUACAAUUCUCAGAGGGAAAGGCCAAAGCACUGAUCUAGUCCUGGAAAACAAACCCUUGAAAUGGGUCUUCAAACGGGCAGCACGAGCAAAUGCACAGAGGCUUAUACUGGUGGGCACAAAAGAGUGGGAAAAGGGUAUGGUUGGUGUAAAAAUUCUAGCUUCAGGUGAACAAUAUGAGAUUAAGGUUGAUGAACUAGAUUAGUUUUCACAAGUUUGACCAUUAAGGUUCGUGUGUAGCGGUCUGAUAAUUUAUCAUUUGAAUGCAUUCUUGUGACUUAACUAUAGGUGAAAAGUAAAACAUGAUGUUUUUCGUUCCUUGAGCUUCCAUUGUUUUUCGUUCCUCGAGCUUCAAUUUACAUAAAUGGGUUUAGGGUCUCUACUUUGGGCCAGGCCCAAUGAGUGAGAGACGUGAAGUUGAGUACCUAAAGCCCAACUGAUAAUUUCCCCCAUUAUUGUACAGUUAAUCACUCUCUGAUUAAAAUAGAAAAAGAUUCAGUAAUCU